CUAGACUAUCCAUGUUGUCAAUGUCAACAUGUCAGCAAGUUGAUUUUAUUUUAUUUAGUGUUAACGCAGUGGGCAACGCGUGCGCAUGUCUCAUUCAAUAAACGGCUCGGGUUCUUAGUCUUUUAAGUAAAAUGGAGUGGUUCACGACCGAUGAUGGGAAAUACAAGAUUGUAUCCUUAACAGCUGCGACAUUCCCCGGGGCCUUAGAUAUAAUCAGGGAAGAUUUUUGUCAAGAUGAGUCCGUGUGCAUCGGCACAGAGGUAAACAAGAAUCCAUUGGCAGCAGAGGAAUUGUUGGAGCUGUGCGCUGAUGCUGCUAUAGAUGGAGCAUCUCUAGUAGCCGUUGCUGUUGACAGCGGAGAGGUUGCAGCAGUCGCUUUUAAUAAGCUACAGGUAUCGAGUUCAACUGAAAAACCUUUCUUCGAAAUAUUUGCAGAAGAACGUUGCACACAAACUUCCUCUCGUGCGCUAAUAGAAUUCAUGGCUGAGGUUGACGGAAGAUGUAAUUUCUUUGAAAAAUUCCAAGCGGAUUGCAGCUUAGAAAUCAUGUUUCUCGGAACACAACGUGCACAUAGAAACAGAAAACUUGGAACCAUUCUAUGCAAGUACUCGAUAGAAGUCGCGAAGAAACUGAAAACUGGGCCUGUUUCAUCCUUAACUUUAGAUGAUUUAGGACAAAAUUAUUCAAGCAUGAAGCCCCGUGAUAUUACGACAAAAUACCCAAAAUUCUGCCAAGCACUCUGGACGUCUAUUGCGACGCAAAAAAUAGGAAAAAAACUCGGCUUCACCGUACAUUUGCGCGUAUCGUUCGAACAGUUCACGUACAAUGGAAAAAGCUACGUCGAAAGGAUAGGAUAUGAUCCGUUCUGUGAAGCGGUUGCCAUGUCUCUUUAUUAAAACUAGUGGUCCUCCGGUAGUCGAAAUUGGACUAUAAUUACUUGAAAUUAUAAGUUUGUACACUAUUAUGAUUCUAUUAUCAAAGAAUAUAAUACUUCUAUAAUCACAGAUUUCGUUAAGACUAUACUUUAUACAAAUAUUAUGUAAUAAAGACAAACAAUAUUUAAUUUAUUCUCAAUUUGACCACAGACUAUAAGCAAUAAGAAAAGAUUGUAAACAAAUACUAUGUAAUUGUAAAAAAAAAAAAAAAAAAUGUGUGCGUGUGUGUGUGUGUGUCAAAUACAUGGUAGUGUGUGUAAUGUUUUCUUUAAUGAUUUCAUGUAUUGUUUAUGCAUAAUUUAAAAAAAUAUUAACUUUCUGCACUCCUUCCCUAUAAUCACUAUGUGGGAAAUUUCAUACUCCUUCGUCCGGGAAAUAGUCGUAAAAAUGGGUACAAAGUUUUUGCUUCACGUAUUAAUGGAUAUGUUUUUAAAUACGUGAAAUUUCCUGAUAGACGACAUGAGCGGAAAUCCAACGCGAUUUCAGUGUCUUGUAAGAUUUAUGCACUGGCAGAACUGGUAGAAACAUAAUAAAAAUUCAUAAUUUUUACUAA